AUGAAGCCAACAAAGUUUAUCUUAAAGCGCGCGCAGAUUCUUGCAGACCCGGAAACUGCUGGCGUGAAAAGAAGGCGACCUGGGGCUGGAUUGACUUUUGAAGAUUCAUGUUUGGUGAAGAAGAGGAAAGAAGAGGAGUCUGGAAUGGCUCUUACUCAGGGAUGCUUGACAUUCAGGGAUGUGGCCAUAGAGUUCUCUCAGGAGGAAUGGCAGUGCCUGGACCCUGCUCAGAGGGCUUUGUACAGGGCCGUGAUGUUGGAGAACUACAGGAACCUGGUCUCCCUGGGACUCUUGCUUCCUAACCUGACGAUUUUCUCCACUUUGGAGAAAGGAACAGAGCCCUGGACUGUGGUGACUGAAGUGAAAACACCAAGAAUUUCAGAUAAGGAGAAAUGGAUCAAAGGUGUGCACUCAGGGAGGAGCUGUGUACUAGAAGUGGAAGCAAGAUACAAAUCUAUUAAAAAUCAACUUGGAUUAAGCUUUCACUCUCAUCUUCCUGAACAACUAUUUCAAGAUGAAGGGAAAAUUGAUGAAUGCAAUGAAAUUGAAAACUCUCUCAACCAUAUUACCUCAUGUUCAACACUUGAAAACACUCCUUCUAAGCUCAAAACCCAUGUAUUUAACGAUUUUGUCAGUUCUCCAAUAGUCACACAAGAACUGAAUGCACAAAUUAGGGAAGAACUUUACACAUAUAAUGAGAGUGUCUUGAGUGUGCCUUCAAGCCCUCCAAACCAUGGGGUAGUUCAUCCUGGAAAGAAACCUGUGCAAUGUAAAGAGUGUGGCAAGACCUUUAGGAAAAAUUCAGAGUUUGUGCAUCAUUGGCGAAUCCAUACUGGAGAGAAACCUUACAAAUGUAAAGACUGUGGGAGAGCAUUUCGUCUGCCUUCAAGGCUUUAUGGACAUCAGGCUAUCCAUAAUGGCAAUAAACCUUACAAAUGUGAGAUGUGUGGCAAGGUUUUUAGGCGAAAUGCACACUUAGCAAGGCAUCAGAGAAUUCACACUGGAGAGAAACCUUACAAGUGUAAUGAAUGUGACAAGGCCUUCAGUGAGAAGACAUCCCUUACAAUUCAUCAAAAAACACACACUGGAGAGAAGCCUUACAAAUGCAAUGAGUGUGGCAAAGUCUUCCGUCACAAAUCAAACCUUAAAACUCAUCAAGCAAUCCAUUUGGGUGAGAAACCUUACAAGUGUAAUGAAUGUGGCAAGGUCUUUAGUCAUAAAAUAUCUCUGACAGUUCAUCAGAAAACACAUACUGAAGAGAAGCCUUACAAAUGCAAUGAGUGUGGCAAAGUCUUCCGUCACAAAUCAAACCUUAAAACUCAUCACACAAUCCAUUUGGGAGAGAAACCUUACAAGUGUAAUGAAUGUGGCAAGGCCUUCAGACAGAAGAUAUUCCUUACUGGUCAUCAAAAAAUACAUUCUGGAGAGAAACCUUACCAAUGCAGUGAGUGCAGCAAGGCCUUCAGAGAAAAGACAUCCCUUACAUGUCAUCAACGAAUUCAUACUGGAGAGAAACCAUACGAAUGUAAUGAAUGUGACAAGGCCUUCAGAGAAAAGACAUCCCUUACACGUCAUCAGCGAAUUCAUACUGGACAGAAACCGUACAAAUGUAAUGAGUGUGGCAAGGUCUUCUGUCAACAAUCUACUCUUAUAACUCAUCACAAAAUUCAUACUGGAGAGAAACCUUACAAAUGUAAUGAAUGUGACAAGGCCUUCAGGCAGAAGAUAUCCCUUACAGUUCAUCAGAAAACACACACUGGAGAGAAACCUUACAAGUGUAAUGAAUGUGACAAGGCCUUCAGUCAGAAGAUAUCCCUUGCAGUUCAUCAGAAAACACAUACUGGUGAGAAACCUUACAAAUGCAAUGAGUGUGGGAAAGUUUUUACUCGCAAAAGAUACCUUAUACAACAUCAGAGCAUUCAUACAGGAGAGAAGCCUUACAAAUGCAAUGACUGUGGGAAAAAUGUUAUGUUGCAUUCGAAACUUCAUAUACAUCCAGUUAUCCAUAAUGCAAAUAAACCCUACAAAUGUGAUGAUUGCAGUAAGGUUUUUAGGCACAAAGUAUCCUUAAGAGUUCAUCUCAGGUCAGGCUCAGUGGCUCAUGCCUGUAAUCCCAGCACUUUGGGAGGGAUGGCAAUGAGCAGUGAAUAUUGUACAACUGUGGUGUUAAUCUUCAUGCCUAAAGCAUUCAGCACAGACGUCUUAAAGAGUAGGCCUUUGACAUUCAGGGAUGUGGCCAUAGAAUUCUCUCAGGAGGAGUGGAUGUGCCUGGACCCUGCUCAGAGGACUUUAUUCAGGGACGUGAUGUUGGAAAACUACAGGAACCUGGUCUUCGUGGGGGUCAGAGCUGAGGCCUCCAUAGACCCGACACCUUGCCCUAUUCAGGUUCUUCGCUAUGUCCUGUACUUGGAAGACCUGAUCAGGAUGUUCCUGCAGACCCGGAAGCCGCUGACUGGAGCAAGGCGAUCACGGGUCCCGCCCCGGAGUGACCCCUGCACUCCCUCCACGCCCCCUAAAGUCCUCACUCGGGUAGGGAAUUCACGCACUUCCGGGUCCCAGGCCUCGCCCGAGUGUCCCUGGAGGGCAGCGCCGCAGCCCCGCUCUCCGGGGAGCCCCGUCAUGUCCCUGUUCCGGGGGUUCUGCAGACCCCGCUUCUGCCCUAAUCCGUCCCCUCAGCCCUACCCCGCCAUUGUUCUUCUUGGCUGGUCAGCUCCCCGGGACAGUUCUCAGUUCUCAGUCACCAGUUCCUGUAAGUGUCGUGUGACACCAAAUGUCCUUUCAGAGGUAAUUCUUGUGCGCUGUUCAGGCGAGCAUGUUAUUCCUAUUUAUUAUGAUGAAUGUGUGGAGUAA